CGCGGCUCCCUCCCCUCUUAUUCCCGAAACCGAGAAGCCGGAGCUGGGAGGCGCGAGUCCAGGAGGAGAGGGGAGGUUGGGGCGCCUGUUCCUCGGCGGAGGGGCGUCAAGCGGGAGCCCCGCGCUGCAAGGGCGAGGGAGCAAAAAUACCGGAGGAGCAGCUCUGCCUUUGACAGUGAGGGAAGACAAUGAAGUACUAGAGAUGCUUCCCUUUGUGUUCGCCAUCCUGGGCUCAGCAGAGGCUACCUGCAGGACCGCCGCCUGCAACAACACCACCAAGGAUUACUGCUACAGCGCCCGCAUCCGCAGCACUGUGCUGCAGGGCUUGCCCUUCGGAGGGGUGCCCACCGUCCUUGCCCUUGAUUUCAUGUGCUUUCUUGCACUGCUGUUUGUCUUUUCCAUUUUACGUAAAGUGGCCUGGGAUUAUGGGCGUCUGGCACUGGUGACUGAUGCUGACAGGCAAAGGCGCUGGCAGCAGGAGCAAGAGGAACGGGAAUAUGUGGCGUCCGCCUUGCAUUCUGACAGCCAUGACCGCUACGAGCGCCUCACUUCCGUCUCCAGCUCUGUGGACUUUGACCAAAGAGACAAUGGCUUCUGCUCCUGGCUGACAGCAAUCUUCAGGAUAAAGGAUGAUGAGAUCCGGGAGAAGUGCGGGGCCGAUGCAGUCCAUUACCUCUCCUUCCAGCGGCACAUCAUUGGUCUGCUGGUGGCUGUUGGCGUCCUCUCUGUGGGCAUCGUUCUGCCAGUGAACUUCUCAGGGGACCUGCUAGAGAACAACCCCUACAGCUUUGGGAGAACAACUAUUGCUAACUUGAAAUCUGGGAAUAACCUGUUAUGGCUGCACACAUCCUUUGCCUUCCUGUACCUGUUGCUGACUGUGUACAGCAUGCGCCGGCACACCUCCAAGAUGCGCUACAAGGAGGAUGAUUUGGUGAAGCGAACUCUCUUCAUUAACGGAAUCUCAAAGUAUGCCGAACCUGAAAAGAUCAGAAAGCAUUUUGAGGAAGCCUAUGCCAACUGCACGGUACUGGAGGCACGCCCCUGCUAUGAUGUGGCCCGGCUGAUGUUUCUUGAUGCAGAGAGGAAAAAAGCGGAGCGUGGAAAGCUCUACUUCACCAACUUGCAGUCCAAGGAGAACACGCCCUCCAUGAUAAAUCCCAAGCCCUGUGGCCAUCUCUGCUGUUGUGCCAUCAAAGGCUGCGAAGAGGUGGAAGCCAUGGAGUAUUACACCAAACUGGAGGAGAAGCUGAAGGAGGACUACAAGAAGGAAAAGGAAAAGGUGAACGAGAAGCCGUUGGGCAUGGCCUUUGUCACUUUCCACAACGAGGCCAUUACAGCCAUAAUCCUUAAGGACUUCAACGUGUGCAAGUGCCAGGGGUGCAAGUGCCGUGGGGAACCCAAGGCCUCGUCCUGCAGCGAGUCUCUCCAUGUCUCCAACUGGGCAGUUUCGUAUGCCCCUGACCCUCAGAACAUUUACUGGGAACACCUGUCCAUUCGUGGCUUCAUUUGGUGGUUCCGCUGCCUGAUCAUCAAUGUGGUGCUCUUCAUCCUGCUCUUCUUCCUCACUACUCCUGCCAUCAUCAUCACCACUAUGGACAAGUUCAAUGUCACCAAGCCUGUUGAGUACUUGAAUAAUCCCAUCAUCACCCAGUUCUUCCCCACACUGCUGCUGUGGGCCUUCUCUGCUCUGCUUCCCACAAUUGUGUACUAUUCGGCAUUCUUUGAAGCCCACUGGACCAGGUCUGGAGAGAACAGGACAACUAUGCACAAGUGCUACACAUUCCUCAUCUUCAUGGUAUUGCUGCUGCCUUCGCUGGGCUUGAGCAGUCUGGAUGUAUUUUUCCGCUGGCUGUUUGACAAAAAGUUCCUGGCAGAGGCUGCUGUGAGAUUUGAGUGUGUGUUCUUGCCAGACAAUGGGGCCUUCUUUGUGAACUACGUUAUUGCCUCUGCCUUCAUUGGGAAUGCCAUGGACUUGCUGCGCAUCCCCGGCCUCCUGAUGUACAUGAUUCGCCUCUGCCUUGCCCGCUCAGCUGCUGAACGCAAGAAUGUCAAACGGCAUCAGGCCUAUGAAUUCCAGUUCGGGGCCGCUUAUGCCUGGAUGAUGUGUGUCUUCACUGUGGUAAUGACCUACAGUAUCACCUGCCCCAUCAUUGUCCCGUUUGGCCUGAUGUAUAUGCUACUGAAGCACCUGGUGGACAGGUACAACCUCUAUUAUGCCUACCUGCCUGCCAAGCUGGAUAAAAAGAUCCAUUCAGGGGCUGUGAACCAGGUGGUGGCAGCACCUAUUCUCUGCCUCUUUUGGCUCCUCUUCUUCUCCACUGUGCGCACAGGGUUCCUGGCUCUCACGUCCAUGUUCACCUUCGUGGUUCUCGUCAUCACCAUCGUGAUCUGCUUGUGUCAUGUCUGCUUUGGGCACUUCAAAUACCUCAGUGCUCACAAUUACAAGAUCGACCACGCAGAGGUGGAUGCUGUAGAUGGGAGGGAGAACGGACGGCCCGCUGCCAGCCACCCACCAGCUCCAAAAUCAGCUCAGAAGUACAUUGCCCAAGUGUUGCAAGAUUCUUCACCGGAGGGCGACGUGGCAGAGUCUGAAGAACAGGGGUCCCAGGACGAGGAGCUCAUCAACCCCAAUGGCAUAAACGAUACGGAUUUCCAGUCAUGCGAGGACAGCCUGAUAGAAAAUGAGAUCCAUCAUUAGGGGCGCUGGAAUCCAAGAGGGGGCAGGGGGAUUCCUGUGAGCUGACGAGGCUGCUGGGCACUGGUUGUAUAUGUGUGUGAGAGAGGGAGUGAAAAGCUGUGUAUGUGUGAGAGAGGGAGCGAGACCACGGAAGCGGAAGAGAAGGCAGCACGAGACGAGACAGGUGGCAUCCAUUGCUCCUUCCUACCUACCUACCUACCUACCUACCUGGCUGCUGCAUUAUUGCUCCUUCCAAGAUGGGGAGAGAGAACCUGUCCCGUUGCUCUCUCUGUAUUCUUCUCUCUCUCUUUCUCUCCAUCUCCAUCCUUUAGUAUGGGAGGGGGAUUUCUCUUACAAGCUGCCUACCCUUAACACCAUCUGAAAACCUACAAACCCAAGAUGGAGCAAAGGAAAUGGCCUGCCUCUUUGCUCCAUUGUGGCCAGGAUGGGGAGCGAAAGGAAGGCACAGCAGAAACCAGGCAAGAGGUUCUCCUCCUCCCAGGGAGCCUGUCCUCCCCCAUUCCCUGCUCCCCUGUCUAGAAUCAUGAACACUAAUAAUGUAUUAGGUCUGAAAGUGAACUGAGCUUUAAUCAAGGCACUGAGUUUCCAAACGAAGAGUCUAGUGGCUUUGAAUCUGGCUAGGAUCAGGGAUUCCAGCCAAGCGGAGCCGUUUUAAAAAAAAAAUCUGUGUGUAAAUCACCCUACAUGCCUGUGCAUCAGUAAGCAUUUCAUCUCUGGUGCCCGACGCACGACCCUAUGAUGACUGCGGUCUCGGCCAGCCCUUUCCACUCCGUCUCUCCAGGGAAGGCUGCCAGAGCAUGGUCUAAGAGUCAGAGGGAUGCGUGCAGGAAACGGCCCCUGCUACCAGGAAUGCUCCUCGAUGAAAGCCACAACUGGAGAGUGCCACCCAGCAACAGAGGCUUCCCCCAGGCAGCUGCUUGUGGCAAACGCAGCUCCAGUGGCAAGAGAGCCCCCUUGCAGGGCAAGGGGAGCGCAGGGGGAUUGGCAAGGAAGAUUGUCCCAGGCAGGCUGGCGGUACUUCCCUCCUCUUCCCUCCUCGCCCACAACUCAAACAAUGAUGGUAGUCCAUGUUAAGUGAGACCCAGGGGUCUUGAAGCAGAGGUGCCGUGAUUUGGGCUCUGCAGCAUUUUGUUUGCACUUUUGUUUUACCUUCAAAACUGACUAAAACCCAAGCUGCUCUCUUGCCCGAUCUAAUUUUUAGGGAGGCAAAGGAGGGAAAGACGGGUUGGUUUCCUGAAGACUGCUAGAGAGGGCAAGACCACAGGAUCCCGGGCGCUGUGAGGCUUCUGAGCUGGUCCAGCUGUGCCCCGGGUCCUUGCUUUUGAAGCCUCUCGUGCAUUUUUAGUAACCGGCAGCUGGGCUCCUGUUUGAUGAGGCUCACCGCCGCUCCCCCCCCCCCGCUGCCUUGCAUGUGACUCCAAGGAACUGCCUUAUGACUCAAGGUGUCGCUGCCUCCUGAGCUUUCCUUUUCAAAGGGUUGCGAGAAAACCUUCCAUCCCACCCGUUUGCAUCAUUUGCACAGAAGGUUGGGGUUGCCCAACUCAUAGGGCUCUUGUUUUUGUUUAGUUUUGUGCUUCUGCAAGAUUGGCAUGAGCCAAAGGGUGGCACGGAAUCCAUUUCUGUGAGCACUUCGAAAUCUAUUCGGAAAGGUAUUUCCAGCCUUGGAGGGAAUGGGCAAAUUGAAGGGAUACAGGUGGAGCCAGGAAUGGCCCUUUGGGGUUGUUUUGGGGGAUGUGGGGAAGCAACAAAUCCCCUUUCACUCUUGGCGAGUCUUGCCUUCAGCUGGGGACACUGGUUGAGUUGGUUCUUGUGCUUGAGCUGAGUAUCUGCACUGGACCCAUUUCCCUAAACACCAAAAUGAAAACCCACACACAAACAGAAAGAAGGCUGUGCUGCUAUUUAGCUGUCUUAAAUUUUCCAUUCCCUUCAUCUCAACACUGUCCCUCCCCUGCUAUAAGCAGUCCUUGAGGGAUGCUGCCAGUGUUACAUAGAAGCAGAGACCAAGAGACUAACCCUCCCUUCGAAGAGGAAGUGGGUGCAAUUCGCUGUCUUUGUUCUUCCAGCCAGGGACCUGAAGCAUUUUCAAAGAUGGGACUAAAUGUCUUGAUCUCUUCUAACACUGGGCAGGGCUGUGGGGGGGGGGGGGCUGAUCCACCUCCAUGGGGGAAAGCAAGAGAGAUGAAGCGCAGGAACACAAGAUGCCGUCACGAUUGCGCAAAGUCACGGACAGUCACGAGUGCAGCCGAGAGAAGCCCUUUGCUUUCCGCUUCUUGACUUAGGAAGCCCAGAAAACGGGGAGAAGGAGCUGGACUUUGUACUCCCUUCUGGGAAGGAGACACAUGAGUUUGAGGAGGAGCCCACUUCACCCUUGGGAGCUGGGCCAUCGCUUGGGGGGGGAGUGUCCAGGAGUUGGGGGGAGGGGGGGAGGAGCCUGUGUUCAAAGUGACCCUUCUUCCUCCCCACCAUGAUCAUCGUCACCGCCGCCACACUGCUGCUGGAAUGCAUGUGGGUUUUAUUUUAAUUGUUUAAGGAUGUUUUUCUUGGAUACUGUCUAGAAAUAGUAUGUGUUCCAUGCCAGGGUUUCCUGUCCACACCUGUACUGGUCCCUUGGCGCCAUAUUCCUAAGCCCAGCCACCACUGCCCUAUCUGCAUCAGCCCCACAACCUCAACUUGGGAUGACUGGGAUGAAUCUCCCUGUACAUACAGCUGCAGCGCAGGGCUGGCCUAUGCUGGUGAUGGAUGGAUGUGUUGGGUGCGGACCACUGGUGCCCCCCCCCUUGCAGGGAGCUGUGUUCUAACUGGCACUGUGUCUGUGUAGAGAUGUGUAUAAUACCCUGUAUAUAUUUGUGUAAAAAAAAGGAGAAGAAAAAACAGGAACUUAUCAUA